UAUCUGCGAAGAAUAACAGUAGUCUCGUAGUGUUUGGAGCGCUGACAUGACAGUUUACUUUUGUGUUCAUAGCAUAGUAGCAGAAAACUGUAACAUUAUUGAACAUUCCCUGUCACACUAGUCAGCCAGUUGAACUCUAUCCAAAAUAAACUCAGAGGGGAAAAUAUUUGGCGUAGACGUCUGCCCUUCAAACAGAUAUUUUUCAAAUGCUGAGGCGAUUAAACAAGAGGUGUGAGGAAAAAUUAUUUAUCAGGUGGCUUGGAGAAGUAACUGGGCUCGUAGUGGUAGCUUAAGCUAGCUGUUGGCUAGAAUGCUAACGUUACCGUAUGUAGCUAACAGAAGCCGUUAGCUAACGGUAACGUUAUGCCUGACGACCCAUCAACAGCCGUUGGGAGUAACAUAGAAGCUGCUGCUUCUGUUGCCCUAACUAUUAACCGAGCAAUUUGAAACUGGGGUAGCGUUAGUUAGCUAGUUAGGCUAAACCGAGACUCAUAACUCUUUUUCUACGUUGCUUUUUUUGCCUCGAAUAACAACUCAAGUAUGGGGAUGUGCCUACCGUGCCUUGGUGGAGCUGCGGACGACGUUGUUGUCACUCCAGAUCCAGAGAUAAGAAGACGACAAUUAGCUGAGGCCGCUGAGAAGAGACAAAAAGAGACAACAUACAGGGGUGUUAAAAAUCCAGAAGCAGUCGAGAGGAAAAGAAAAAAACAGGAAGAGAUUGAGAAACAGGCGAUGACCACCUCUGUGUCUGGUGGCGGCGGGCUGAAGUGGCAGGUGGGCUGAAAAUCUAGAUGGUAAAACCUGAAGUCUUGACUCCGAAGUCCAACAACAUGAAGUAUUGCUGCAAGAUGACUUGAAAGAUGUUUGAACUGCUUUUUUAAAUUUAUUUUGCCUAUUUUAUGAUGUUAUGAGACAAACGGCUACAGUUGUCAUGCAAAACAAUCUGAAGUGAUAGAAGACGGAACAGCAAGACUUGCCCCCUUGUUGCCAAGUUAUACAAGCUGGUUUGGACCUUUCCACAAGUCACGGAUGACACAGAAAUGUGCAAGCAAAUACGCGUCCUACUGUAAUAGUUUUAUUUGACAAUUGAUUAGGCAGUCUUAGAAUGACUAACAUUAGAUAACACAAAGAAAAUGAUUCUUAAGUCCAGCCGUAUCUCCAGUGACUGUUGUCAUAUUGAGACAAAGCUGUCCUAAAGCUUUUUCACUACACUUUUUUGGUUUUCCAAGUCGAGGAUCAAUGUUCACUGUAAAUCCACAUUGGCCACAUUACUUUUUGUAUGACCUCUACAAAAAUCCUUUAUGCAUAUGACACAUUUCACAAGUCAAACACAAUUUAUGUUUACAAAGAAAUUGAAGAGUGAUUAUUGUAGGAUUAAUAUACAGUAAUAAGCACCCAGUUACCACUCAUUUCACCUUGUUUAGGGCUUUGUUGGCAACACAAAGACUACUGCAAACACUGCUAUAGCUUUGCCUGUCCCUGGGGUACUUUCCUGACCAAUGCAGUUCGCGUGUCACAUGGGAGUCCCUUGUUAAUGAGGAAGGCAAUGUGAGGUGUUGGUGUUUUGGUGAAAAAUGUGUCUGACAUUGUGCUGAGAAUAUAUGCCACCAGGUCUGUACUUGGUGCCACUUCAUUUAAUUGCUAAUUUGGUGUUUCAAUCAGGAAGCAUAUACUACACACUUGACAAAAUGUGCAGCAGCUACAGAAUACUGCUAAAUAUGUGAAACAACACUAAAACAUUCUCCAGCCAGUAAAAAUGAAAUGGAGGUGCACUAGGAUACACGCUUAGUGACCUUAUGCACAUUGUUCUUUGCACUGGUCUUUGCCAUUUCUUCUUUUAAUAGAGCCUUUUUUUUUCUCUCUGUACAAUUUGAGUUUGUUGCAUUGAAUUAUAAUGUAUGCAAAACACUGAUAUGAUGCCUGCUUAAUUUAACUGAGAUAUGAAAUGUGUUUUUGAAUUGCCACAUGACAAACAGAAGCUUUUGUUAGAUAUCUAUUUGCACCUAGUUUGUCAACAUUUGGUGAACAGCAAAUAUGCUUGCUCAUUCUCUGUGUUGGGAGAGAUUCAAGUCAGCUAUAAUGGAAACAGGAAGAAACCUGAAGGAAAAGAAAAAGUAAAGUGUGUAAAAUACGUAGUGAAGUAUUUACUUUGACUUGCUUAAUUGAGUGCAUUUCUUACAGCCUUCACUUGAUCCUUAAAUGCUUCUGGUGCUCUUCACAGUUUGUAGAACAGGAAAUCCAGCCAAUGUUAUUUGCUACAAUAAAUCACAUUUCUGCUA